GCACGCGCCGCAGCGCGGCCGCUGGCGCUCGGGCAUCCCUUACGCUGAAUGCGUGGGGAGGCCGCCGGACGCGCGCACGCGCAGGAACCUUGCUUGGGUCGCCUGCGGGAGGGGGAGGCGGCGGAGGCGGCGGCGGCGGUGGCGGUGGCGGCGGAGCAGCAGAACAUGAAUGGAGCAAAAUGGCGGAUCAUGUGCAGAGUCUAGCCCAGCUAGAGAAUCUGUGCAAGCAACUAUAUGAGACAACGGACACCACUACACGGCUCCAGGCAGAGAAAGCCCUGGUUGAAUUUACUAACAGCCCGGAUUGCUUGAACAAGUGCCAGCUUCUCCUUGAAAGAGGGAGUUCGUCAUAUUCCCAAUUAUUGGCAGCUACAUGCCUUACAAAACUGGUGUCACGCACAAACAACCCUUUGCCCUUGGAACAACGCAUAGACAUACGGAAUUAUGUGCUCAAUUAUCUCGCUACCAGACCUAAGUUGGCCACGUUUGUUACACAAGCACUAAUUCAGCUGUAUGCCAGAAUCACAAAACUGGGCUGGUUUGACUGUCAGAAGGAUGAAUAUGUUUUCAGAAAUGUCAUCACUGAUGUCACAAGAUUUUUGCAGGACAGUGUUGAGCACUGCAUCAUUGGAGUGACAAUCUUGUCUCAGCUAACAAAUGAAAUUAAUCAAGUAAGUGCUUCAGCCUUCCUCAGUGAAGCAGACACUACACAUCCUUUGACCAAACACAGGAAAAUUGCUUCCUCAUUCCGAGACUCAUCGUUGUUUGAUAUUUUUACCCUCUCCUGCAAUUUAUUGAAACAGGCUUCAGGGAAAAACCUGAAUUUGAACGAUGAAAGUCAGCACGGUCUCCUUAUGCAGCUCCUGAAGCUCACACACAAUUGUUUGAACUUUGACUUCAUUGGCACAUCAACCGACGAGUCCUCUGACGACCUCUGCACGGUGCAGAUCCCCACCAGCUGGAGAUCAGCCUUUCUAGAUUCCUCCACCCUGCAGUUGUUUUUUGACCUGUACCAUUCCAUCCCUCCCACUUUUUCACCCCUGGUCUUGUCGUGCCUAGUGCAAAUUGCUUCCGUCCGGCGGUCCCUAUUUAACAAUGCCGAAAGAGCCAAGUUCCUGUCGCACCUGGUCGAUGGGGUCAAGCGCAUCCUGGAGAAUCCCCAAAGCUUGUCAGACCCAAACAACUACCACGAGUUCUGUCGGCUUUUAGCUCGCCUGAAAAGCAAUUAUCAGCUAGGGGAGCUGGUCAAGGUGGAAAACUAUCCUGAGGUCAUCCGACUCAUCGCCAACUUCACUGUCACCAGCUUGCAGCACUGGGAGUUUGCGCCGAACAGCGUGCACUACCUCCUCAGUCUGUGGCAGCGGCUGGCAGCCUCUGUUCCCUACGUUAAAGCCACCGAGCCGCACAUGCUGGAGACGUACACGCCAGAGGUUACCAAAGCAUACAUCACCUCCAGGCUGGAGUCCGUCCACAUCAUUCUCAGAGAUGGCCUGGAAGAUCCCCUGGAUGACACGGGUUUGGUGCAGCAGCAGCUCGACCAGCUCUCCACCAUUGGGCGCUGCGAAUACGAGAAGACCUGCGCCCUCCUGGUGCAGCUGUUCGACCAGUCCGCCCAGACCUACCAGGAGCUGCUGCAGAGCGCCACGGCCAUCCCCGUGGAUGUGGCCGUCCAAGAAGGGCGCCUCACCUGGCUGGUCUACAUCAUUGGGGCCGUGAUUGGCGGGCGAGUAUCCUUUGCCAGCACAGACGAACAAGAUGCCAUGGAUGGCGAACUGGUCUGUCGGGUCCUGCAACUCAUGAACUUGACCGAUUCACGCCUUGCUCAGGCGGGCAAUGAGAAGCUGGAGCUGGCCAUGCUGAGCUUCUUUGAGCAGUUCCGAAAAAUCUACAUCGGAGACCAGGUGCAGAAAUCCUCUAAGCUGUAUCGCCGGCUCUCAGAAGUCCUGGGGCUGAAUGACGAGACCAUGGUGCUGAGCGUCUUCAUAGGGAAAAUAAUCACUAACCUGAAGUACUGGGGACGGUGUGAGCCCAUCACCUCCAAGACGUUGCAGCUCCUCAACGACCUCUCCAUUGGCUACAGCAGCGUUAGGAAACUGGUGAAACUGAGCGCUGUGCAGUUCAUGCUGAACAAUCACACGAGCGAGCACUUUUCCUUCUUGGGCAUUAACAAUCAAUCCAACCUGAGUGAUAUGCGAUGUCGGACUACGUUCUAUACGGCACUUGGGCGCCUCCUCAUGGUGGACCUCGGGGAGGAUGAAGACCAGUAUGAGCAGUUCAUGUUACCCCUCACGGCUGCCUUCGAAACUGUGGCACAGAUGUUCAGCACCAACACCUUCAAUGAGCAGGAGGCAAAGAGGACGUUGGUUGGCCUGGUGAGGGACCUGCGGGGGAUCGCCUUUGCCUUCAACGCCAAGACCAGCUUCAUGAUGCUCUUCGAGUGGAUCUACCCAGCCUACAUGCCAAUCUUGCAGCGGGCGGUUGAGCUCUGGUACCAUGACCCAGCCUGCACCACCCCUGUGCUCAAACUGAUGGCUGAGCUGGUGCACAACAGGUCCCAGAGGCUGCAGUUCGACGUCUCCUCCCCAAACGGCAUCCUGCUCUUCCGGGAGACCAGUAAAAUGAUCACUACCUACGGAAACCGUAUCCUGACUUUGGGGGAGGUUCCAAAAGACCAGGUCUAUGCCUUGAAGCUCAAGGGGGUUUCCAUCUGCUUCUCCAUGCUGAAAGCCGCCCUGAGUGGCAGCUACGUCAACUUUGGUGUCUUCCGCCUCUAUGGGGACGAUGCCCUGGACAACGCCUUGCAGACUUUCAUCAAGCUCCUGCUCUCCAUCCCACACAGCGACCUGCUGGAUUAUCCUAAGCUCAGCCAGUCCUACUAUUCGUUACUGGAAGUUCUUACUCAAGAUCACAUGAAUUUUAUAGCUAGCCUGGAGCCCCAUGUAAUCAUGUAUAUUCUGUCUUCCAUUUCAGAAGGUCUCACAGCGCUAGAUACCAUGGUUUGCACUGGGUGCUGCUCCUGCUUAGACCACAUUGUCACUUACCUCUUCAAGCAGCUGUCCCGCAGUACCAAAAAGAGGUCUGCCCCAUUGACCCAGGAAAGCGACCGGUUCCUCCACAUCAUGCAGCAGCACCCCGAGAUGAUUCAACAGGUCAGGACAAGGAGGGCGGGAGGAAGGGGGUAUUUCUGGGGCCAGAGCCCUUUAGUUGAGUAAUGUAGGUGAGCCUAAAACGCUUGCCUGGAAUAUUUACACACAAAGAGUCACAGGAAGCGGUUCUUCCGUCCCCAGGAAACGACUGCAGCACUU